UAAGUCGAUUGCAUCCUGUUCUUUCUUGUUAAAAGUUGUUCUAAAGAAUUUUUUUUAAUUUUUUAUUACAGGUAUUUUCAGAGAACAUCAGUGAUAAAAUGUCUUAUGUUUUUUGUGUGGUCGUCAGUUUGAUAGGGAUGCUCGAUUUUGCAUUAUCUGUUGAAUGCAAUUCCUGCAAAGAAAACUGGGUGCUGAUUUUUCAUGCAACAAGCGGAAAUGGAGAGAGUGUUCUAAACGCAUGGAAAGCAAGGCACAACAAAUGUGACAUUGUGUCUGGAAUCUGUCCAUGUUCGAUUAGCAACGGCUGUCUGCCGCCUAAAGCCAAACUUGAAACAUUCAAACCAACCACAAAAACUUUAAGAAGUCCCUUUAUAGAUUACUGGGAUUGCCUGAAUAUCAAUAAGGUUAAAUUUGAGUUGAAUGUUCAAGGGGACACAGUAGCUUUUAUUGAAUUUGAUGGAAGAAAUUCGAACUUUCUAAACUGGUUUCACAACAGCAGGAUUUUGAAUUCUAGUUGGACCGAUGUGUAUAAAAGUCAAACUUACAAUUUUUUUUCAAUUGACAAAGAAACAAAGUUUUACAGACACUUUUUCAUCAAUAAAAGUUACGGAGGAUGCCCUCAGGAUUUUGGAUGGUUAGCUGUAAAAGAUUCUGAUAAUUUCUCUAUUGCCUGUGAUUGGGAUAAACAUAGCACUUUUCCUCAAUUUUUGUACAGUCGAAAUGGAAAAAUCACAAGAUGGAACAAUAUGGAAUUUGGGAAAGCGGAAGUUCUCAACAUCUACGUCCAAAUGGGAUAUUAGUCUUGUCUGAGUUCAAUAAAUGUAUUGUCAUUCAUGAUGGGAGGUGUUGGUAUCUAAGGUAUAGGUACAUGUGCAAAGGCUUAACAGUCAAUAGAACAGUAUUUUGCAAAUAUGUUUCCCAUAUGAACCUAUAGAAUAGCGAAAACAACCCAUUCUGUGUGAACUUUUCCUGACAUCACAAU